AUGUCCUCUCUCAGUCUGACCUCGUCCAUCCUCAUCGUCGGAGGAGGUACCUGGGGAUGCUCGACGGCUUUGCAUCUUGCGCGUCGGGGCUAUACCAAUGUCAUCGUACUCGACCCAUAUCCAAUUCCCUCGCCCAUUGCAGCAGGCAAUGAUAUCAACAAGAUCAUGGAGCAUCGAGAACUGAAAGACACGGAAACCGACCCCCGAAGCAUCAUGUUCGCCACCUGCUCCCGCGCCGCCCUGAAGGGCUGGCGAACAGAUCCUAUCUUCCAGCCCUACUUCCACGAAACCGGCUCCAUCGUAGCAGCCCACACCCCAGCGCUGAUCGAGCACAUCCGGGAAAACGAGAUCGACCCUGUCAAAGACUCCUUCACUGAGCUCACCACCGCCGACGACUUCCACAACACCAUGCCCCCCGGCGUCCUCACCGGCCCAUUCCCCAACUGGAAAGGCUGGUUCAGCAAGUCCGGCGCCGGAUGGAUCCACGCCCAAAAGGCCAUGGUAAGCGCGUACACCGAGGCGCAGCGUCUCGGGGUGAGGUUCAUCACGGGCUCCCCGGCAGGAGCCGUGCAGUGUCUCGCAUACGAAGACGGGGACGUGAUCGGCGCGCAAACGGCCGACGGGGUCCUUCACCGCGCCGACCAGACCAUCCUAGCAGCUGGUGCGACUAGCGACCGACUUCUCGAUUUCAAGAAACAGCUACGCCCCACGGCCUGGACGCUCUGCCAUAUCCGCAUGACUCCCGAAGAAGCCGCAUUGUACCGCAAUCUCCCGGUGCUGUUCAACAUCGCGAAAGGCUUCUUCAUGGAACCCGACGUCGACCACCACGAGUUGAAGAUCUGCGACGAACAUCCCGGAUACUGUAACUUUAUCCCUGACCCAAACCACAACAACGAGAUUCGAAGCGUGCCGUUCGCGAAGACCCAGAUCCCGAAAGAAGCGGAGGCUCGUGCGCGCUCGUUUCUGCGCGAUACGAUGCCCCAUCUAGCGGAUCGGGAGCUGGCGUUUGCGCGCAUCUGCUGGGACGCGGAUACCCCUGACCGGGCUUUCUUGAUUGAUCGACACCCUGAGCAUCCGUCGCUUGUGGUUGCGGUGGGAGGGUCGGGGAAUGGGGCGAUGCAGAUGCCGGCGAUUGGCGGGUUCAUUGCGGAUGCGUUGGAGGGGAAAUUGAUCAGGGAGGUGAGGGAUGUGGUGCGUUGGAGGCCGGAGACGGCGGUGGGGAGGAAUUGGAGGGAUACGCAGGGGAGGUUUGGGGGGUUGGGGAAGGUGAUGGAUUUUCAGGAGAUUGGGGAGGAUGGGUGGACGGAUGUGUAG